CACUCAUCGCAUUGCCUCCAUCAUCUUCAAGGGGUCUAGACUCAGCCCCAUACUUGAGGAGCCCCGAACCCAACAACCGACACAUUCCAAUCAACAUUCCUUCCAACCACCACGAUACAUAAGACAACAUCCCCCCCGCGUUCUUGACUUCUCCAACCACCUCACAUCCACCCCAGCACUCCAGCAUAAUGCAUUUCCAAUCCCUAACCACCGCUCUCCUUCUCCCCCUCCUCCUCACCAGCACACACGCAACACCCACCACACCGUCCACAAACCCUGACGAAUUCGCCCAACUCAACUGCCCCAACACCACCACCCCAACCGCGACACCCGCCGAGCAACUCGCCGCGUGGGCCGACUUCACCAAUCUGAUGUACACCGAACACCGCCUCAGCGAAGCCCUCACGCACUACGUCGCAGGGAAAUACAUCAAUCACUCGCCACUCGUGUCCGGCACGGGUGUCGGCGCGACGGCAGCGGAGCUGACGAAUCUCGUGCCGGACGUCACCUCGCAGCUGCAGCGGGCGUUCGUCGGGUGGGAUGUGGCGGGCAAUGCCUUUGGGGUGGCGCAUACGCGGGUGAUUCCAAACUCGAAGGACAACGAUACGAAGGGAGGGGAGUCGGCGCUUGUGGAUAUUAUUCGGAUGAUCGGGACGUGUAUGGUCGAGCAUUGGGAUGUAGAGCAAGAGGUUGGCUCGGCGGGGGCGGGGGGGAAUCCGAUUGCUUUCUUCUAGAGGUGUUAAUUCGGAGGUGUUACGAGGUAGAUGAGUUGGGGGUGGAUGGGGAGGUGUUUGGGGUUGAGGUUGAUGCUAUAUGUUGGGUUGGGUGUCUUGCUG